AUGUUCUGUAUAGUUAGUGGAAAUAUCGCGAUUGAGCGCAAGUCAGAUAGUAGUGAUGUUAGGAAUAGAAUGAAAAUUACAAGGCAGCAAGCGGAUCUAACUGCCGAUCGCGGGUAUGUAAUCGGUUUCGUGUCUUGUUCGCCAAGUCCCUGUAAACAUGGCGGCAUAUGCAUGUCAUCGCCCAAGGGUGAAAGCUACUGCAAAAGUAAGUAA